AUGGAGCUUAGAAGUGAUGAUUUACAACCCGUAGCACAGCUAGCAAACGCGUUGAACGAUGUGUUAGAGGAAUCUCACUGGAGAACAGAGGCACUAUACGAAACACUGGACCGAAUUGGUGCUCUCAGUAAAAUACCCAUUGCUAAGCAGCGGUUAGAUCAACAUGGAGGGUGUUUGAACAGAGAUGAAGACGAGUCAACGAGAUUACACAAGGAGAACAUGGAGUUGAUGGUGGAGAUACAGAGACAGGAAUACAUCGGGAAGAAAUGGGAUACCAUACUUAAACAGAAUACAGAUCUGCUGGACUCAAUGGUUAGUUGGCUCCAGGAGAAUAGCGACUCAGAGUCGCUAUCCGAAUUAAGACAGAAGAUUCAAUUUGUACAGAACUCUUCAGAAAGGAGUAGGGAGUUGCUCUUGAAGAAGGCCGAGGUAGCACAACAGGACGCCGAAAGAAUGCUGGAAAUUGUACAGGUUCUACAAUCAUUGCUAGACAAGGAUAUAUCAACGUUUAAUAAAUAG